AUGCCCUCAUGCCCUCAUGCCCUCAUGCCCUCAUGCACUCAUGCCCUCAUGCCCUCAUGCCCUCACGCCCUCAUGCCCUCACGCCCUCAUGCCCUCAUGCCCUCAUGCCCUCAUCCCCUCAUGCCCUCAUGCCCUCAUGCCCUCAUGCCCUCACGCCCUCAUGCCCUCAUGCCCUCAUGCCCUCAUGCCCUCAUGCCCUCACGCCCUCAUGCCCUCAUGCCCUCAUGUCCUCUUGCCCUCAUGCCCUCCUGCGCUCAUGUUCUAAUGCACUCAUGCACUCAUGCCCUCAUGCCCUCAUGCACUCAUGCCCUCACGCCAUCAUGCCCUCACUCCCUCAUGCCCUCAUGCCCUCAUGCCCUCACGCCCUCACGCCCUCAUGCCCUCAUGCCCUCAUGCCCUCAUGCCCUCACGCCCUCAUGCCCUCACGCCCUCAUGCCCUCUAGCCCUCAUGCCCUCAUGCCAUCACGCCCUCAUGCCCUCAUGCCCUCAUGCCCUUAUGCCCUCAUGCCCUCAUGCCCUCAUGCCCUCAUGCCCUCCUGCCCUCAUGUACUCAUGCACUCAUGCACUCAUGCCCUCAUGCCCUCAUGCCCUCACGCCCUCAUACCCUCAUGCCCUCAUGCACUCAUGCCCUCACGCCAUCAUGCCCUGAUUCCCUCAUGCACGCAUGCCCUCAUGCCCUCACGCCCUCAUGCCCUCAUGCCCUCAUGCCCUCACGCCCUCAUGCCCUCAUGCCCUCAUGCCCUCCUGCCCUCAUGUACUCAUGCACUCAUGCACUCAUGCCCUCAUGCCCUCAUGCACUCAUGCCCUCAUGCCCUCAUGCCCUCAUGCCCUCAUGCCCUCAUGCACUCAUGCCCUCACGCCAUCAUGCCCUCAUGCCCUCAUGCCCUCAUGCCGUCAUGCCCUCACGCGCUAAUGCCCUCAUGCCCUCAUGCCCUCACGCCCUCAUGCCCUCAUGCCCUCAUGCACUCAUGGCCUGAUGCCCUCAUACCCCCAUGCAUUCAUGCACUCACGCCAUCAUGCCCUCAUGCCCUCAUGCACUCAUGCCCUCAUGCCCUCACGCCCUCACGCCCUCACACACUCAUGCCCUCAUGCCCUCAUGCCCUCAUGCCCUCAUGCCCUCAUGCCUUCAUGCCCUCAUGCCCUCAUGCCCUCAUGCCCUCAUGCCCUCAUGCCCUCAUGCCCUCACGCCCCCAUGAUGUCAUGCCCUCACGCCCUCAUGCCCUCAUGCCCUCAUGCCCUCAUGCCCUCAUGCCCUCACGCCCUCAUGCCCUCACGCCCUCAUGCCCUCAUGCCCUCAUGCCCUCAUGCCCUCACUCCCUCAAGCCCUAA